AUGGCUGACAAUCAGUACGCUCCUUUGACGGCCAACAUGGUUCGCAUGCUGACGGACAAGCUGUACGAAAAACGAAAGGCUGCUGCUCUCGACAUCGAAAAGUUGGUUCGUGAUCUCCAUGCUACGGAGCAAAUAGUUCAACUGGACAAGCUUCUCGUUGUGCUCCGGGAGCUUGCGAUGGCUUCGAACGGACACACGCGAAAAGGGGGUCUCAUAGGGUUGGCGGCUGCUGCCAUUGCACUUGGAAAGAAUGCUGCAUCUUACACAGUCGAACUGAUCGAUCCCGUUCUGUCAUGCUUCAAUGAUCCUGAUUUACGAGUGCGAUAUUAUGCUUGUGAGUCUCUCUACAACAUCGUUAAAAUUUGCAAAGUUUCUGUGCUAAGUCAUUUUGAUCAGCUAUUUGAUGUGUUGUGGAAGUUGUCAGCGGACACCGACCAAAAUGUCCGAAGUGGAGCUGAACUCCUUGAUCGUUUGUUAAUGGAUAUCGUCGUUUCAAAGGAGGACUUUGAUAUUGCCAAUCUAAUGAGCCUUAUACGGGAUCGAAUUUAUGUUCAAACCAGCUCCAGUCGGAAGUUUAUUGUGGCAUGGCUGAAUGUGAUGCUUACAACACCGACAUUUAACUUAUUACCGUAUGUCGCAGAAGUGUCUGAUGGACUUUUUCGGAUGCUAGCAGAUGGCCAGCCUGCAGUUCGAGAUCUGACGGAAACACUGUUAGGCCAGUUUUUACAGGGCGAAGAUCGAUCUCAAAUGGUCAGUGUAUUACUGGCUCAUGCACAUGAGGACGAACCACCAUUAGGUAGAAAGCUGUCACUUAUUUGGAUGGACGAGUUCAUAAGAAUAUACAAAGAUAAAAUGCUACCGUAUUUAUCGUCAUAUCUCACUGCUAUAUUGCCUUCUUUAGAUUGUGACACAUUAAAAGGUUGUUCUUUGCUUUGGUAUAAGUCGGUUUACUUUCUAAGUAUUUGCAUUGUCUCCCGUUUAGCUAAAAGUAUCAAUGAAUGUCUGUUGCAAUUGUUUUGCAACGCGGUUCUUUUGUGUUCUACAAGUCAUGGAACAAACUUUUGUCUAUUUCCGCUUCUAGAAGUUCUGCUGAAGUUUGUCGUUCAUGAAAAGCGAGACACACGGCUAGCAGUACUGAACUGGAUCCGGCAUUUGAAUGCAACGGUGCCUUCUCAGCUCUUUCUGCAUAUGGGCUCUAUAUUUCCUGUUCUUCUACAAACUUUGUCAGAUACUUCAGACGAGGUAUUGCUUUUGGAUCUCCACCUUCUAUCCGAUAUAUGUCAGUCCAAUUCGGAACGCUACGACUUUAACCUAACGAGCUUCCAGUUAAGCGAGGAUACGAUUAAGAAUCUUUCUCCAGUAUCUCCCUCUCUUGUUAAAUUCGCUAUAAGCCUACUGGAGAUGUUUCGCGCAGAGCCUUCUUUGCUUAAUGAUAGAGGAGUCUUAAUUAUCAGGCAGCUUUGUCUCCUCAUGGAACCGGCACAUAUCUACCGAGCACUUUGUAACGUUGUUUCGAUGCUACAUGGCGUCUUAUUUACUGCAACUGAGUUGUUCAUUUUGCGUGACCAACUGAGAAAUCUUGAAGGAAAGGAUUCGGUGUCGCUGUUUGAGUGUGUGUUCCGUUGUUGGUGCUACCGACCCAUCGCUCUACUCGGCUUAUGUCUGUUGUCGCAGAAUUAUGCUCAAGCCGCCGAUAUUGUUCUUAUGCUAUCGCAAGUGGAUAUAACACUGGAUGUGCUCGUCGAAAUCGACAAGCUGGUAAAUAUGAUAGAAAGUCCUGUCCUAGCCUACGUGCGAAUGGAUUUGUUAUCUUCUUGUCAUCAACGUUCGCUGUCGACGGUUUUGUCUGCUCUGUUGAUGUUAAUGCCGCAGUCUGAUGCCUUCCAUACCUUGCACAGACGUCUACAAGCCAUACCUUCUCUUGCCACUGUUGGGUGGGUUUAG